AUGCAAGAUUUCGUCCGGGCCGGCAACGGAGGCAAAAAUGCUAGUGACCAAGGCGGUGAUGAGCCUACACGCAGCCGCGUUGACGAUAUUCGAGGGUCUUGCAAUCCGCAUGAGACGAAGUUGUUGACCGGUGUUGUUGAUGCCAAGAACAUCAGGACUGGCUUUGCAGACGUUCAUGCGCCAACCGAAACAAUCGAAGCGCUCAAGACGCUGACCAGUCUUUCGCUGCUUCGACCUGAAGCGUUCAGCUACGGCGUGCUGGCAAGCGACAAGCUGCCUGGUCUGCUACUUUACGGCCCACCGGGCACUGGUAAAACUCUGCUCGCUAAAGCUGUGGCGAAAGAGUCCCAAGCUACAGUGCUCGAAAUUAGCGGGGCGCAGAUCUACGAAAAGUAUGUCGGUGAAGGCGAGAAGAUGGUACGUGCCGUCUUCAGUCUUGCGAAGAAGCUCUCGCCGUGUAUUGUCUUCAUCGACGAGGCAGACGCAAUAUUUGGAAGCCGGAGCAGCGCCGGCAACCGGAAUACGCACCGCGAGAUCAUCAAUCAGUUCUUGCGGGAGUGGGACGGUAUGGACGACCACAGUGUGUUCAUGAUGGUGGCUAGCAAUCGCCCUUUCGAUCUCGAUGACGCCGUGCUUCGACGACUACCGCGCCGCUUACUCGUCGAUCUGCCGGUUCAGAAGGACCGCGAGUCCAUCCUGAAUAUCCACCUGAAGAACGAGCUUCUCGAUUCAACUGUCUCUCUUUCGAAAUUGGCAGAACAGACGCCCCUAUACUCUGGCUCUGAUCUGAAGAACCUCUGCGUCGCUGCCGCUCUUGCCUGUGUAAGAGAAGAGAACGAGCUCGCUGCGUCUCACAAGGAAGACAAGGAUUUCAAGCUGCCUGAGAAGCGGACCUUGACGUCUAAGCACUUCGAGAAAGCGAUUGCAGAAAUCAGCGCAAGUAUCAGUGAGGAUAUGAGUAGCUUAACAGCGAUUAGGAAGUUCGACGAGCAGUUUGGUGAUCGGAGAGGCAGGAAGAAGAAGGCAGGAUAUGGGUUUGGUACGACGGAUGGUGUGAUCAACGAAGUCGCAGUACGGGCACGACAGACUGAUGAGCGAGCGCCGCCGGCGCCCUAG